UCGUCGAAACCGCCAGGCAUCGCUACUAUUUAGACCGCACAGUCCGACGUUUGUCCACAUCGCACCCCCUUGACAUUCUACUCGUACUGUGUGCUCUAGUGUGUUAUCUGUAAUUCUUUCCCGCAUCUUCCUUCCUUAGUUUUUUUCUUGAAGAUCACCCGCAUCGCUUGUAAGGCGAACUUGGAGUGAUGUCUACGACGCCCCCUCCCAAGAAGACCUUCCGCUCUCGUGUCGGAACAGUAAUGCGUCGCUCCUCUACGAGCUGGAAUCUCCCAGGUUUGCCAAAUCGCUCAGGCUCAACAACUCCCCCUCUCCAAGAGCCUGAUUCCGCCUCCAUGGCAGGAUCAACCUCUCCAAAGCUCGAGCGCGAGGGCUCCACCACGUCCCUUACGCAGGUAGACACCACACGGUCGACACCUCCUCCCCCUAGUACUAUUCCUGAGUCACCUGCCCGUGAAGAAGCUGCCCUUGCUAGUGAGAUGUCUCCUCAGCAGGUUUCAUCUCCACUCUCAGGGGGCGUUGUUACCGCUGAACCUGCUUCGGAUCCUUCUCUCCAGGCGCCUGAAGAGUCACGUAAAGCUGCUAAAGCGCCCAAAGCUGAGCCCGCUUUCGUAAUUCCCUCCGUCGUGGUCAAUUCGCCCGAGCCCGCGAAAGAGGAAGCUCUUGCCCCCGUGUUCACAGCUGAACCAGAGGAGAUGUCUCCCGCCCCACCCGCAGAGCGCACUCAAGUAUCUGCUCCUCCGGCCUCAACAAAGGCUUCUGAUGCUGCCCCAACGCCUACUCCACCCCCUUCUACUCCACCCCCACCAGCCCGUGAACCCACACCUCCAUCGGCUCCGGCCCGUGAACCUACACCUCCAUCUGCCCCAGCUCGUAAACCCACACCUCCAGUUUCAGCUGCUACACCUCCUCCAGCAGGAAAGGUGGCAGAUGAUCCUUCAACAGCACCCCAGAUACCUGCUUCCUCAUCAGCACCUGUGCCUACUGCGGCACCAGCACCGUCUCGUACACGAGCUUCAACGCCUCUAGCAUCUCCACCGGAGAUUUCUCAUGUUCCAUCCUCUGCACCACGGACUCCCCCUGCACAGACACCCCCUGUACGGACUCCCCCUGCACAGACACCUGGCCCUGCCACAACUACAGGUUACUUUGACCUUGCGGUUCCCCGCACAUCGUCUCCGCUGGAUGAGCAUGUAGAUGAAGGAGCAAACGUCUGGGCAGACCAUAUCUCAACCUCGCCUCCACCUCAACCAGCACCAGCACCAGCACCAGCACCAGCCCCUUCCCUCGAAUUCGACCCACUUGCCAAUCGUCCAGCGGCACCCAAAGUAGCGAAAACCACUUCCCGUCCUCGGGGUUCAUCCAUAUCAUCUGCGCAGGUGAUGGCCCAGCGACAACCGAGCCGGAAGCCAAGCUCAACCCUCCAGCCCCGCGAGCGGGAGAUCGUCGGUACCACAUACACCUGGAGUAAUCCGAGCAGUGAAUUCAACCAAAGCAAGGCGAGCCUGACAAUGCCUUCGGAGGACCCGUUCGCAGAUCGCGCUCCAAGCCACCAUAUCUAUCCCCCUCAACAGCCUGCUGAAAUUUCGUCGCCCAUUGUUCAUGAUGUUUUUGACCCUCGAUCACCACGGGAUGAUAGCAUGAUAGCUCCUGUUGAACCAGUGGCGGUACCACUGCCUGCCCUGCAUGAAGUCAUGCUUACCCAUUCUGUUCGGCAAGUCUCUUCAGGCUACACUUCGAGUGACGGGGCCAGUACUGGGUACUUCCAGAGCAGAGACAUACCCAUAGAAACGAACGAGCGUCGGCCCUUGAUCACUCGCCCAGGUCGCCCGUCUACGCCUCCCAUCGUGACCACGUUCUCACAACCCAGCCCAUCACCAGAAUCUUAUCAUUCGCAUACCUUUGGUGUCAGCCAUCCCACUCCACAGCGAGCCCAGCCCGCUCGCCUCGAAGGCAAUGGUUCCGCACAUACUUAUUCAUAUGGGUCAGUGUCCAGACCAUAUGCUAGCCGUGGAUGGAUAGAGCAGGCGUUACCUCACGGUGGCAAAUACUUCGUGAAUCCGCGUAUUCAAGCUACGACCGACGUUGACCUUCGCAACUUGUCCAAGCUGGAUGCGGUUAUGUCGGUUGUGGAAACAGCCGGUAGCGCCCCUGAAGGAUGUGAAAUGUGGGCCAGAGAAGGUCCCGUCGUGAAGAGAGGUUGGAGGAGACAGAAGAUGGCUGGAGGACCAGUUAUCAGUUGGGUAGACCAUCGGAUCCGCAGGGUCUCGAGCGGAAUACCUAGUGUCGACGGAAUUAUCUUCUCUGGGGAAGAUGACAGACUUGAUGACGAGUUUAGAUACUGGUCAUUUGUGGAGACUCACCCCGCGCAUAUUUCAUUGCCGCCAAGCGCUCGGCAGGAAGCUUUGGAUGCUCUUCAUUGGUCUUACACAGACCCAUUAUUGGCACAUCCUCAGCCGAUUCCCCCUCCCUUCACCCAAGAAGAAUGUCACAAGUUGUUAGGUCAUCUUAAUGACCCCAACAUGCGGUCAACUACGACGCAUACACGGAUGAUUGCCCGUAUUUUGCUUCGCGUCGCUCACUGGCGUCAAACGAACUUCCGACCACACAAACCUCUUCCCCGCGAUGUCCCUGUCAUGCAGCGUCCCAAACGACGCGUGCCUGUAGGUCGCAUGAUUGCCGAUAUCCUUACUGGCAUUCUCUGCCUGGGUAUUCCUUUCUUUCUCGUUGAUCGGUCAGACUAUGGCGGCCAUCUUGACCUAGAGGGCAAUAUUGUGUCUAAUUCUGGUGGUCCUUUAUUCCUUGCUGGUGCUUGUGCAUGCCUGGUGGCCGCUGUCAUCCUCAGUGCUUCUGUGACACUCAUGACAUUACCUGGUCUGAGUGGUAUCGCACGCAUGUCAGGCCUAGUCGCCAUCAUGUGCUCGGUAUUAAGUAUGAUCACCUCGUUCAUUUCCAUCAUACGUCACAAGGCGGAAAUGGCGCAUGGGGCGCCUACGUCGGGCUCCGAAGGAUUUGUACUUCUCACUCGCCGAAGUGUCUUCUUAUCUCUCCCACUUGUAUUCCUAGCCUACUCUGUCGCAGGCUUCAUCACUGGCGUUGUUAUCUAUUCAUUCAAUGGAGUGGUACUCAACGGAACAGCGAAUAGCUCUCUAUCACAUGUACAUUGAUGAUUGCAGUCAUAAUUAGCGCUCGGUAUCAUGGAGGGUGUCGCCGGAGUGCUUGUCGCUUCCUUUUGAAGCUACUUCAUAACGAUUUAUUUAUUGUGUAUGUUA